UGUCUGUGUGAGAGACAGGAGCGCCUGUGGAAAGAGUGAGAGUGUGCCACACGGUGGAGCAAAGACGAACCAAAUCUAAAUUUCCCCUCCUCCCCCUGAGCGCAACAAAGUUUUGACAUCCCCAACAAACAAACUUUUUUACUGUCCCACAUUUUCUCUUGGCUCAACUUUUUCCACAUUUCUUACAGCAACAAGUGUCGCUGGCAACCAGCAUCCAGCAACCAGCAACUGGCGACAGCUUGUCUUUACAUUAUCUUUCCACACACAGAAAAAAAGAAAAAAAAUGGCAACGACAUAUUAGCUGUCGCUCAGUGCGUCGCGGCCACCCAGUGUGCCACCGCCGUGACACCGGACUGCCAUGAUCGUGUCCAACGUGAGCCUGAGCGGCUGCGCAGGGGUCAACAGCGCUCUGUGCGCCGCAGCCGGGGAAGGGCACUUGGGGGGAGGCUCAUACCGGACCACCCUCACCCCGACGGGGCACCUGAUUGUGGCCGUGUGCCUUGGCUUCAUCGGCACUCUCGGACUUAUGAACAACCUGCUGGUGCUCGUGCUCUUCUGCCGCUACAAGAUGCUGCGGUCGCCCAUCAACCUGCUCCUGAUUAACAUUUCCAUCAGCGACCUGCUGGUGUGCGUACUGGGGACUCCGUUCAGCUUCGCCGCCAGCACGCAGGGACGGUGGCUCAUAGGAGACGGCGGAUGCGUGUGGUACGGAUUCGCCAACUCCCUCUUUGGCAUCGUUUCCCUGAUCUCCCUGGCUGUCCUCUCCUAUGAGCGCUACAGCACCAUGGUGGCCCCCACUGAGGCUGACUCCUCCAACUACCGGAAGAUCUCCCUGGGCAUCAUCCUCUCCUGGGUCUACUCCCUCAUCUGGACCCUGCCGCCACUCUUUGGCUGGAGCCAAUACGGCCCAGAGGGACCCGGGACCACCUGCUCUGUCGACUGGACGGCCAAGACGGCGAAUAGCAUGUCUUACAUCAUCUGCCUGUUUGUCUUCUGCCUCAUCGUGCCAUUCCUGGUGAUCGUGUUCUGCUACGGGAAGCUGCUGUGCGCCAUCAGACAGGUGAGCGGGAUCAACGCGUCGAUGAGCAGGAAACGUGAGCAGCGUGUGUUAUUCAUGGUUGUGAUCAUGGUGAUCUGCUACCUGCUGUGCUGGCUGCCGUACGGCAUCAUGGCCCUGCUGGCCACCUUCGGGCCGCCCGGCCUGGUCACACCUGUGGCGAGCAUCAUCCCCUCAAUCCUGGCCAAGACGAGCACGGUCAUCAACCCAGUCAUCUAUGUCUUCAUGAAUAAACAGUUUUACAGAUGUUUCCAAGCCCUGCUACAUUGUGAGACUCCGCGACGAGGCUCCAGCUUAAAGAGCUCCUCCAAGGUCGCCACCAAGGCCGUAAGAGGCGUAGCAGUGACUGGUCCCCGCCGCACCAACGACUUCCUAUUUAUGGUAGCCUCCUUGGGUCAACCAGCAGCCACCAUCCCCCAACUGGACCCCUCAGUGGAACCCACCAUUGACGUCACCAAAGGCCCCUCUUCAGACAUCAACAAACCUGUCGUAGUAUCGCUAGUGGCCCACUUUGACGGCUGAUGAUCAGCUAUAACCACAAACUCCCAAACUCCCCAGCCAGGACAUCAUUAAUAAUGAGAGAGGUGGUGUUACUGAGGCUUGGAGAGUAGCAGCGAGUCCAGGUGGAUUUUACGCGGCUGUUGCAUCAGCUUCACCCCAGCUAGUAGACAUGAUGGACCAGUAACAAAGGCUUGGACUGCCUCUGGACAAUAUAAACCUGCAAGAGGUGGGCAUGUGUGUUUCUCUGCAGAGAAAAAGUAUAUAUCUGUCUUGCAAGGGACAAGCAUUUAAAUGAUGUUCUUAUCACAAUUUUGGGAGAAAGCACUGUUGGAUAAGAUCAACCGUCAGAAAUGUGCUCAGAGUGCAGGAGGAGGGAUAAGAUGUAUUUUGUAUUGAUUGGUUACUGGCUGUGGUUACAAAGUGAGGUUUAAGAACACAAGUUGUUUAUCACCCCGAGCAGUUUAGAAUCUGUUCAAGAGUAGAAAAGAUUAAAAGACAAAAGAGACAAGAAAGAGUGAUGAGAGCGUGCUGGUAAUUAUUUUAAAGUAUCAGUCUUUUAGCUUUCAUUCUCCACCAUUAAUCACUUUAAAUGCAUAAGUAGUUUUCAUUUAAGUGGUUUAAUGUGUGGUUUGUUGGACAAGUAGCAUUGCUAGCAUGCUAGCUACAUUACAGUUUUUUCAGGAUUAGUGACUUAAGAAUAGUGAAAUAGGUGCAUGUUGGAGAGUUACUGUAUAGUUUCUUCGACGUGAAAAAAACGAUGUGCACGUGCACUGUUGCAGCACACAAAUGAGUUUGAAGAAAUACAGUGUCUGGUGCUACUUAGUGGAUAGACUUGAUACAGAUACUCAGUGCUGGCAAAGCCGCCAACAACAGGGCUGAACUGAAGCUUAAUCUGUCAUAGUGGUCAAACUGUGGAACUGAAACAUCUGGGUUGGUCAUGUAAUGCCACUAGGCUCAAUUGAUAAUUUUUUGAGCAUCUCAACCCCUGCAAAAUGUUUUGUCUCACUAUCAAGAUUUUAUCCAUUCACAUUUCUCAAGUGUAGAAGAGCAACACGAUACAAUCGUUUUAAUUUCAAUUCCAGUUAGCAAAGGGCUAAACCAGCAGUUAGCCACUCAACCACCUGGUCUCUGGUGCACCCGCUGUGUAUGCUCAAUGAUGCAGGAGCUGUAUCCAGUUCUCUUUAUACAUUCAUGGCAGUGAUCAGAGGUAAUGUUUUUCUAUCAUUAGCCAGUCAGGCAAAUGGGUCAGUAAUCUAACUGCCUGGAGGAAAUUUUUACUUUCUUUUUACAAAUAGUUGUAUUUAUUAGUGGUUAUCAAGUUAUUUGUCAUGAAAAAUGACUCAGUUUACUCACCUUGCAGCCAACUGCACAAUACAUUGCUGGGGUUUCAUCCACAUCCUCUUCACACCACCUGAAUAAGCUCCUGUCUCCUGGAUAAUUUAAAUACUCGCUUUUGCCUCAGCUCAAAAACUUUGUCUUUACCCUUUGCCAUUUACUUGCAAGUGCCCGACUGCCCUUUUGCUAAGCCCCUCCCCUUUGUGAUGGUCCGACAAGCUGUCGAAGUAAGCAUGGAGCCCACACCGUAACUAACUGCACUCCCUA